GCUGCUGAGGAUGGAUGCUCGGAUCUUCACCCUGCACGUCCUGAUGCUCUGCUGCCUCAUUCACGGCUCUCAGCAGGGUGUGUAUCAGCGGCGUCUCUACAAGGAGCUGAUGAGGAACUACAACCCGUUGGAGCGGCCCGUCAACAACGACUCCCACAGCCUGACCGUCCACUUCAGCUUCAGCCUGCUGCAGAUCAUGGACGUGGAUGAGAAGAACCAGGUACUGACGACCAACAUCUGGCUGCAGCUGUACUGGACGGAUUUCUACCUGCAGUGGAACAUGUCAGAUUAUCCAGGUGUGACCAACGUCAGGUUCCCUGACAACCAGAUCUGGAGGCCCGACAUCCUUCUGUACAACAGUGCCGAUGAAAGGUUCGACGCCUCCUUCCACACCAACAUCCUGGUCAACUCCACCGGCUACUGUCAGUACCUGCCACCAGGAAUAUUUAAGAGCACCUGCUAUAUAGACGUCCGCUGGUUUCCGUUCGACGUGCAGCGCUGCGACCUGAAGUUCGGCUCGUGGACGUAUGGCGGCUGGUCCCUGGACCUGCAGAUGAUCGAGGCUGAUGUCACCGGGUACAUUGCCAAUGGAGAGUGGGACCUCGUGGAGGUUCCCGGGCGGAGGAACGAGCGUUUCUACGACUGCUGCAAGGAGCCGUACCCUGACGUGACCUUCACCGUAGUGAUGAGGAGGAGGACGCUCUACUACGGACUCAACCUCCUCAUCCCCUGUGUCCUCAUCUCCACCCUGGCUCUCCUCGUCUUCCUGCUGCCCGCCGACUCCGGAGAGAAGAUCUCCCUGGGCAUCACGGUGCUGCUCUCUCUGACUGUCUUCAUGCUGCUGGUAGCUGAGAUCAUGCCGGCGACGUCUGACUCGGUUCCUCUGAUAGCUCAGUACUUUGCGACCACCAUGGUGAUCGUGGGUCUGUCCGUCAUCGCUACAGUUCUGGUUCUGCAGUAUCAUCACCACGACCCCGAUGGAGGACACAUGCCACAAUGGACCCGUGUGAUUUUGCUGAACUGGUGCGCCUGGUUCCUGAGGAUGCGGCGUCCCGGUGAGGCCAAGGUCCAUCUGGCGUGUCACAACGCCACCAAGCAUCGGCGCGGCAGCCUGUCCAGCCUGGAGCUCAGUGUCAGCCAGGGGUCGCUGCGACAGCACCCGCAGGUAACCAACGGAAACCUCCUCUACGUCGGCUUCCGAGGCCUGGAGGGGAUGCACUACGCCUCUCCCGCUGAACCUGAGCUCCUCUGCUCGCGGCUGGCGGGAGGCGGCGUUGGUGUGGAGGAGGACACGCUGAGAGCGGGGAGCGGGGCCGGAGGAAGAGGAGGAGGAGGAGGAGGAGGAGGGGCAGUAGGGGGCUCGGUGCUGGAGGCGGAGCUGAACCAGAUCCUGGAGGAGGUCAGAUACAUCGCCAGGCGUUUCCGCGGGCAGGACGAGGAGGAGACGGUCUGCAGCGAGUGGAAGUUUGCUGCGGCGGUGAUUGACCGGUUGUGUCUGGUGGCGUUCUCGCUCUUCACCAUCCUCUGCACCAUCGGCAUCCUCAUGUCCGCUCCCAACUUCGUGGAGGCCAUUUCCAAAGACUUCUUCAGCUAA